AGGACAGAGAAGAGAGAGAGAGACUGAUUGAGACAGAAGUAUAGAGAGAGGAACAGAGAGAGAGAGAGAGAGAGGGAGACAUAAAACAGAGUCGCAGAAAUUAGGGUUUAAAUUUGUUGAAGAAAUUAGAAUGGAAGGGGCAACAGCUAGCAAUGGUGGGAUGUUGUACCACGAGGUGCAGGAAUCUAAGCUCUGCGCUGUGCAUUGCGUGAACACUGUGUUGCAGGGUCCGUUCUUCUCGGAGUUCGAUUUGGCGGCCCUCGCCUCCGAUCUUGAUCGCAGGGAGCGUCAGAUGAUGCUUCGAGGCGCUGGAACCGGCGAUUUCAUCCCGGAGGAGUCUCACAAUGUCUCCCUCGACGGCGAUUUCAGCAUCCAGGUUUUGGAGAAGGCUUUGGAGGUUUGGGAUUUGCAAGUCAUUCCACUUGACAGCCCAGUUGCUGAGCAUGCUCAAAUUGACCCAGAACUGGAAAAUGCAUUUAUUUGUCAUUUGCAGGACCAUUGGUUCUGUAUCCGAAAAGUAAACGGGGAGUGGUAUAAUUUUGAUAGUCUUUAUGCUGCCCCAGAACACCUUUCUAAGUUUUACCUUUCAGCUUAUCUCGACUCCUUGAAAGGUUUUGGCUGGAGCAUUUUUCUGGUAAGGGGAAAUUUUCCCAAGGACUGUCCAAUCACUUCCUCUGAAGCGUCUAACGGUUAUGGACAGUGGCUCACGCCUGAAGAUGCAGAGAGGAUUACAAAGUCUUGCAACUCGGCUGGGAGAACAGGUAACAGACCUGGUGAAAGGCAGCAGCAGUCUGGUAUGGAAUUCCAGUAUAGGGAUCAAGAACUCUUACUAGACGAAGAUGAUGAAGAUUUGAAAGCUGCAAUAGCUGCAAGCUUGAUGGAUUCCUCACCUGCUGUCAAAACCGUAGUUAGCAGCAGCACUUCAGAAGAAGAAAAUAAGGGAAGCAAAGGAGAGAGUUCAUGAAAUUAAGCCCUCACCUCCAAUUCAAGCUUUUAUAAAAAAAGAAAAAAAGGAAAGAAAGAAAAGGGAUAAAGAAAAAGAGAGUACAGUUUCAUUGAAGCAAAACAUUCAGCAUGAGUCCCAUAAUUGUGCGGCAUAAAUGUGUAUGCUGUGUUUUGGAUUUUUUCAGGUGUGGUACUGGUACUGUAAAAUCUUGAAUUUACAACUUACAAGGAAAGAAAAUAACAUUGGCAUUUGCAUUAA